AUGGAAUGUGUAAUUGCUGUUCACGCAGGUGCGGGAUAUCAAAAAGCAACUAAAGAAGCGAAUUAUAAAAAAAUAUGCAUGAAAGCUUGUAAAAAAGGAUUGGAAGUACUAAAAAAUAAUGGAUCGGCCCUAGAUGCAGUUGCAGUAGCCACUAUGGUUUUAGAAGAUUCUCCACUAACUAAUGCUGGUUAUGGAUCUAAUUUAACGUGGAAUGGUGCUGUGGAAUGUGAUGCAAGUAUUAUAGAUGGAUCAAAUAUGCAUUAUGGAGGUGUUGGUGCUGUUUCUGGUAUCAAAAAUCCAAUCGCUCUUGCCAAACUCAUUUGUGAAAAUCAAAAUUUAAAAAUGUCAUUUGGAAGAAUUCCUCCAUGUUUACUUGUUGGUCUCGGAGCUCAUGAAUAUGCAAUAGCAAAUAAUAUUGUAACUGUUGACCCAUUUAAUUUAAUAUCAGAAAAAUCAAAAAAAGACUUUGUUCGCAAUAAAUAUAAAGUUAUCAAUCAAAAGUACAGUAAUUGUCAAGCUGGAAACUCUAGAUUAGAUACUGUAGGUUGUGUUGGUAUGGAUAAGUUGGGAAAUGUUGCUGCAUCAUCUUCUAGUGGUGGAAUUUUAUUGAAACAAGAUGGCCGCGUUGGACAAGCUGCUUUAUUGGGAUCAGGAUGUUGGGCCCAAAAUAUGUCUGAUGACGUUGCAAUGGCAGUAACAACAUCUGGUUGUGGUGAACAUCUGAUUAAGACAAACCUAGCUAGAGAAAUGUCUAGACAACUUCUUAAUUCUUCUUGCCCUACAAUUGCAAUUACUAAAUGUUUUAAUGAAGAUUUUAUACAUUCACCAAUAUUAAAAAACUGUAAUGAAAAACUUGCAGGUGCUCUGGUAUUAUAUAAAAACAAAGAUUGUUGUGAAAUUUUGAGUGCGCACACUACAAAAUCAAUGUGUAUUGCGUAUGCUACCGAAAAUGACAAAAAAAGUUUUGUGAGUCGUUUAAUGACAAAUACUUUGCCAGGAACUAGUGUAAUGGUACAAGGUUAUCCUAUAUAA